UUCAAGUGGGAAGAGGCCAGGGACUUGGUUCCAUAUAUACAGCCCAAACUCCCUUUCCUCAGUAUUCUGGACAUCGCUUCUCUCUUGCUUGUACUUCAUAAGAGAUAACAACUCAACCAUGCUGAAGUCUAUCUCGGCCCUUUCGGCGUUAGUGCUGGUUCUGAUUAUACAAGAGGCAUCUGUUACUCCAGUUAUCCAGAAGCCAAGCAAGCUGCCAUGCGGGCAGUUCGGCAAAGACUCAAGUGGGGAGCAAGGCAGAGAAGAAACAACUACUGUACCAACCUUACAGUCAAGUGAGGAGCCCACUGUUCGCCCCACUGAAGUGACAAGUGGGGAAUUCAGCGGAGAAGCAAAUACUGAACCAAGUCUAGAGCCCAGUGGGGAGCCCAGUGCUCAACCAUCUCAACAGCAAUUAUGGGGAAAUAGUGGCGAAUUCAGUGGAGAAGCAAAUACUGAACCAAGUCUGGAACCCAGUGGGAAGCCCAGUGUUCAGCUGGUUGAAGAAUUCAGUGGGGAAGAAAAACCAACUCUGGAACCAAGCUCUGGCCCAAGUGAACAGCAAACUAUACAGGCAACAGAUGAGCCAAACGAGGAAGUAAGCGAAGAGGCUAAAACUGUGCAACCAAGCCCACAGCUCAGUGGAGAUCCCAGCAAAGGAUCUGGUGCCAUUCCAUGUAAACUGCAAGGCGGAGAACCACAAGAAGAUACAAGUGGGGAGCCAAUCCUAGAACCAACCCCAAGUGAAACUCCAGCAGUGUCUUCAAAAGUUAAAAGCAGACUCCUGGACAUCGUGCUCAUCCUAUAGACAAAACGACAGAAUCAUGUGCAGCUUUAAAGCAAAGAGCCUUAAAACCAACUUGUUGGGUUUCUAUGUAACGUCAGUCAAUUCCUGGGGCUUCUUUUAAACUUCAUAACAAACUGCAGCAAGUCAGGCAUUUGAAGCAUGACACUGUGUUAAUUCUACUGUCGCUUUUCAUUCCUACUUUCCGUCAA